AGGCCAUUGACCUGUUUUUCAGGCGUAUAACUUGGCGUAUGACGCGACGCAAUCAGGCAGUCGGUUUGACAUUCUCGGCUGACCACUAGCACUAGAUCCGCAGUCUAUCGAGGCGAUGCAAGAACCGCGAUGACGAGCUCAUACAAAUGACAGAGCGCAGACAUAGUUUGGCGCAUUCUACCCCUGCGAAAGCGUGCUGUCCUUGAAGGUCAGACCGUACCCCCUCGUAUUAUUCCACCGAGCCGGACACCCCACCAUGGCGAGCACCCAGACGCAGACUUGGCAGCCCGACGUGAAGAGCCAUGAGGGCCCUAUCGACCCCGCGGUCCUCCCUGAAUACACGCUGCUCCCCGCAAGCCCGCCUCGGUCCGUGGUGUCGUACAACGAUCCCGAUGGCGCCAGCGAGGCAGGCUCGUCCGCCUCCAACCACAAUGCGGAUGCGACCACGUGCGGCAUUGAGUCCUUGAAAAUUAUCAAGAUGUUAUAUACGGGCAUACUCGCGAUCGUGUUUCCCCCAAUGAUCAUCGGCGGUGCAGCGCUCGCGGCAGCGGGCGUGAUGCUCUACGGCUGUGGGAGGGUGCUCGAGGGCAUCGGGCGGGGGCUCUCGAUCGGACCCGAGGUCGUAUUCAGGACGUUCAUGAGGAAGAGGGUGAAGAUGCUGAGAGGUGCCCUUAGGGAGGGCAGACGGGUGCCGGAGCAGGAGCAGGGGCAGGUGGUCGAGGGUCAGGUGGCGCUGGAGGAUGUCGAGGCUGGUCAAAUUGGCGGACCGAUUGCUAUUUGAGUCUCGCUGCCCGCUCGCUAUGUGAACGAUGCAGUGAGCGCAUUCGAUAGCAGUUGCCUAACGGAGGCAAAGUCCUCAAUGACCUAUGGACGUCGAUAACCCAAUUGUACAUGGAGAGAUGGCUUACAGGCAUGAGCGAGAGACAUACAUGCCCGAGCAAGUCGCAUAGGACCUGACCGACAAGGUGGAUGUGAGAUGUUGAAAGUGAUGGAUAGCGG